AUGUCUUUUUUCAACUUUAAAGGUUUUGGUAGAAACGCAAAGAAGAAUAAAAAUCAAGCUACUACUACAACUCAUAAUACACAAACUCCACCACUAUCUUCUCCUGUUAUACCUUCUACAAAAGCAAACAAUUUAUAUUCUAAUGCACAUCAAAGUAACUCAAAACUGUCUCUUAGAAAAAACAUUUCACCAAAAAAGCAAUUCCUGCAGCAGCAGCAACAGCAACAUCCACAGCUACAACCACAACAAAUAUAUAAUAUAAAUAAUAAUGGAAGUAAUGUUAAGCUAGAUGGAUCUCCUACAAGGCAAAUAAAUUCGAUACCGUCUGAUCAGCCUAAUAAACCACAAAAUAUUAAAUCUUUUCAACAAUCUUCUUCUACUAAUAGCAGUCAACAAUCUAAUUCUCAGCAAGUGAUGUUUUUAAGUGAGCCUUUUGUUAGAACUGCUUUAGUGAAAGGUUCUUUUAAGACUAUCGUACAAUUACCGAAAUAUGUGGAUAUUGGAGAGUGGAUCGCACUUAACGUUUUCGAGUUUUUCACAAACUUAAAUCAUUUCUACGGUGUAAUCGCAGAAUACGUAACACCAGAAGCAUACCCAACAAUGAAUGCAGGCCCUCACACAGAUUAUCUUUGGUUAGAUGCAAAUAAUAGACAAGUUUCAUUACCCGCAGGUCAAUAUAUUGAUUUGGCUCUAACUUGGAUCAAUAAUAAAGUGACUGAUAAAAAUUUGUUUCCAACCCAAAAUAAUGUGUCUUUCCCACAAGCAUUUUUAAGAGAUGUACAAAGAGUCAUGAUACAAAUGUUUAGGAUUUUUGCACAUAUCUAUCAUCAUCACUUUGAUAAGAUUGUUCAUUUAUCUUUGGAAGCUCAUUGGAAUUCCUUCUUUGCCCACUUUAUCAGUUUUUCAAAAGAGUUCAAUAUUAUCGAUAGAAAAGAAAUGAUUCCAUUAUUACCACUAAUCGAAAAUUUCGAACAACAAGGGAAAAUAAUAUAA